CAGUUUGUUUAGACUAUUCUAUUGUUGCAACCACAAGUUUUUAAAAUAUUAGGAAUUAAAAACAUUAUGACAAAGCUCGAACUUUAUUGUGGAGUAAUUCUCUUGGCUUGUUGUUUGAAUUCAGCUCAAUCAGCUUGGAGUCAAAGCUUCAUUGGCAAUGCUGUUAACAAAGAUUAUCCGGGAAUGUGUUUUUAUAAUCAAACUCAAACACCAAUUAAUAUUGGGUCAAUCUAUAAGCCAUCAUCUGAAUGUGUUCAAAUAUAUUGCAGAGAGGAUUAUGUAUUGCGAUUGGAAUACUGUCCCUUUUAUAUGCCCCGUGAUGACUGUGAGGUGACAGUUGACGAAGGUGCAGAGUAUCCUGGAUGUUGUGCAAAAAUGACCUGCCCAAAUGAACAACCAUAAUUCGAGAAGGGUUACAGGAUUGUGGCUUGAAAAGUUUACGGAACCAGUGAUAUUAUGUACAAAAAGUAUUUACCUCAAAAAUUUCAACAAACGGAUUAUACAGCUAAAUAAUUUAUUAAUCGCACUGUUGAAGACAUUUAUGUGUAUAUUGAUUAUGAUAAAGUGUUUAAAAAAAAACUACUGUGCUUCUUAAUGGAUAGUUUGAGUUUGUCAAACAUAUUAAAUAACAAGAUUACCUUUGAAUAUAGAUCUUAAAAAAUAAUGUUCAAACUUAAAGUGAUAAGAGU